AUGAUUACAAAGUUGUUAUGUAUUAUUAGUACUCUCUUUCUAUCACUAUACGUGAUAGACGGAAAGAAGUUUGGACGGUGUGAACUAGCUAAAAUUUUGGUUGCUCAUGGCAUUGCUCGAGACAAGAUCUCUGACUGGAUCUGUUUGGCUGAACAUGAAAGUUCAUUAAACAGUGCUGCGAAGAGUCGCCCUAAUAAAAAUGGAAGCGUAGAUUUUGGUAUAUUUCAGAUUAACAAUAAAUACUGGUGUACUCCUCCAAGUCAAUAUAAUGAAUGCAACAUAGAAUGUAGUAAAUUUUUGGACGAUAAUCUAGAUGAUGAUAUUAAAUGCGCAAAAAAGAUUUAUAACAGACAUAAAUUUGACGCUUGGUAUGCUUGGAAGAAUAAUUGCAAGGGUAAAGAUUUAAAAGUAUAUGUGAAAGAUUGUAAAUAUUGAGCUUUCUAAAUGAGAAGAAUAUACUCGUAGUUUAGAAAUACAGUAAUAAAUAAAAAAUUUUCA